UGCUCAGGCCAAGUACCCAGUUCCCAGUUCCCAGGAUCGUCUCCGACUUGUUUCUUUUUUUUUGUUUAACCACUCAACACCAAGUCGAAAAUGAAGUUAUUUUUAUGUGCCAUUGCUGUGACGCUGUGUGUGGCGGCGACAACCGUCAACGCCGCCAACUUCGAGUGCCCGAAGGCCAAUGGCCAGUUCGCCGAUGAGGUGCAGUGCGACAAGUUCUACGUCUGCGACGACGGAGUGGCCAAGGCGAAGCUCUGUCCCGACGGCCUGGUCUUCGACCCCCUCAACCGCAAGUUCAACAAGUGCGACCAGCCCUUCAAUGUAGACUGCGAGGACCGCACGGAGCUGCAGGAGCCCAAGUCCAGCAAGUACUGUCCGCGCAAGAACGGAUUCUUCGCGCAUCCCGAUCCCGCCGUGUGCAACAUCUUCUACAACUGCAUCGAGGGCGACGCUUUGGAGACCAAGUGCACCGUGGGCCUGCACUUCGAUGAGUACUCGGGCACCUGUGUGUGGCCCGAUACCGCCAAGCGUGAGGGAUGCAACCCGGAGCAGAGGACUUCCGAGACCGGCUUCGUGUGCCCCAAGGAUCAGCCCAAGACCGACGACCGCGGCCAGGUGGUGACCCAUCCCAAGUACCCGCAUCCCACCGACUGCCAGAAGUUCUACGUGUGCCUGAACGGCGAGGAUCCGCGUGACUUGGGCUGCCAGCUGGGCGAGGUCUACAACGAUGCCACCGAGAUGUGCGACGCCCCCGAAAAUGUGGCCGGCUGCGAGGACUGGUACAAGGAGGUGGACGACAAGAAGGACUAAGCACUGAGGACCAAGGACCACACUUCCGGUCGACCUGUCUCAUCUCACAUCCACACUCACACAAACAACAAAACAAAAAAAAAAAAAAUCAAAA